AUGAACCCCACGCUGCCGCUGGCCAGAGAACUCACUGCGCGAAACAUUCCGGUGACUUACUUUGUGAACGAAAGAGUGCGAGAAGUGGUUGAAGCGACGGGUGCCACAUGGCGCGCCCUCCAGGACCCCAAGCAUCUCACCGAAGAGCAACUCGCAAAGUAUGUCCCACCGGAUGCUGCAAAGGAGGACUACGAGUUUCCCAUGUCCGUGCUGGUCUUCUCUGCGUCCUGCGCACCGCAGCUUAUCCAAGAGCUGCGAGCCCUGAAGCCACCACCGAGUGUUAUCCUCUACGACCCGUUCUUACCCAUAGGCUUGGUUGCGGCACAAGAGCUGGGCAUCCCCUGUGUGGGUACCGUCACAGAACGUGUCGGGCCCUUGCUGAAUUCCAAGAUUUUGCGGCUCUCCAAUGCGGAGCUUGGUGGCACUGUGCCCACGCUGCCGCCUGAGGUGGACGCAGCCAUUGCCGCAGGCAAGAAGAUUUUGUACCUGUCUGCUGGGACGGUGGCGACCGGGCACUUUUGGAGCACCAAGUUCGGCCCCCAGGCGUUUUCCAAUGGCCUCGAUGACUGCACUGGAAAGGAGUUUGUUCAGCUGCUCUUUCGGACGGUGUUCGAAGCCUUUGGAGGUGAUGAUGAAAUGCUGAUCGUGGAUGCCCUUGAGUGUUUGGAGCUCCCGAGCAACUUGGUGGCCCAGCAGUCGCUCCCGCAGCUGGAGCUGUUGCAGAAGUGCAAUGUCUUUGUCACCCAUGGAGGUGCCAACAGUGUGCACGAGGCUUUGAGCUUUGGUGUUCCUAUGGUGGUGAUUCCCAUCUUUGGUGAUCAGCCCGUGAAUGCCGACACCGUGGCAAAGACGGGCUGCGGGAUCUCCUUCCGUCACCCACUGGAGACUUUAAAUCCGACCGCCUUGAAGGAGGCGAUGGACGAAGAAUGCCGAAGACUAGUAACUAGUAGCUUCUUGUUACUAGUCAUAAUGCCAGGAGCUACUAGUAGCGUCCUUGCUCCUAGUAGCGAUGCCCUUUGUUACUAG